CCUACCCUCCAUUCAGUAAGAACAUGUCAUAAACUCGGGUCCUUGUACUAGUCUCAUUUAAAUUUGUGUCAUCUGAGUUCUAGCUAAGCCCUUUGGUUGACAAAUGAUGAAACUUCUCCAUGGAAAUCAUCAAUAUAGAUGCAUCUGUUUGAGCACUCCUUGAUAUUGAUUCAAGGACUUGAAUGGUUUCUAUCUAGGGUGCUAGUACUGGUUAUCUGGAGGGUCUAAAGAGAUUCAUGGAAGAGAGAUGAGUUUCAGAUGGAGUUAAAGCCCGUCCAAUCUCAGGCAUUCAUGCUCAUCAGAAAGGAAGUUAAUAUAUUGGCGGCUCUCCCAACGAGCUUUACAGGCCUAGAUUACACUCUAGACCACCACCAUCAGCUCAUGAAGCCACGACUCGGUGAGAAUUCCGGCGACGGCAGUGUGGGGAUGGUGGAUUACAUGCUCAACAAUCCUCCUCUACACCAACUGUCAUCUGGCUUCUGUAGUGCCACGUCUCUUGACAGACUGAGCUUCGCCGAAGUCAUGCAAUUCGCUGAUUUUGGACCCAAAUUGGCCUUAAACCAAGCCAAGAUAUCGGAUGACGAAAAUGGGAUCGACCCAGGAUAUUUUCUCAAGUUUCCAGUGUUGAAUGACAAGUUACAGGAUCAAAGUCUCUUGAUUCCUCCACCGACGACGGAGGAAGAGGAAGAGAGAUUCAAAAUGCCGAAUGCAGAAAGCAAAGUGACAGUGGCCGGAGAAGAGGAAGUAGAGGAAGAAGGUCGGGUUGUGUCUGAGAACAACUCGGUGCAGCUCCAUACUCCGGGAGGAAAUCUUCAGAAAAGCCCAGGAGCUGAGGCAAAGAGCCGGCGUAAGAGGCCCAGGACGGUGAAGACGAGCGAGGAGGUUGAGAGCCAACGUAUGACUCACAUAGCAGUUGAGCGCAACCGAAGGAAACAAAUGAACGAGCAUCUACGAGUGCUGAGGUCUCUCAUGCCGAGUUCAUAUGUUCAAAGGGGAGAUCAAGCAUCCAUUAUUGGUGGAGCCAUUGAAUUUGUAAGAGAACUGGAGCAGCUCCUUCAAUGCUUAGAAUCUCAGAAGCGGAGAAGACUAUAUGGGAGCGGUGAGGAACCUCCUAGACCCAUAGGCGAUUCUCCUCCACUAGCAAUUCAGCAGCCUCAGCUACCAUUCUUACCUCCUUUGCCUCUGUCAAACGACCAGAUGAAGCUUGUUGAACUAGAGACUGGACUCCGAGAAGAAACGGCAGAGAACAAAUCCUGCUUGGCCGAAGUCGAAGUGAAGCUCCUGGGCUUUGACGCCAUGAUCAAGAUUCUCUCUCAAAGAAGGCCUGGCCAGCUCCUCAAGACAAUUGCUGCUCUUGAAGAUUUGCAGCUCAACAUCCUCCAUACCAACAUCACCACCAUUGAACAAACUGUUCUCUACUCCUUUAAUGUCAAGGUUGCGAGUGAAUCAAGGUUCUCAGCUGAGGAGAUAGCGAGUUCAGUUCAACAGAUUUUCAAUUUCAUUCAUGCAAAUACCACCACCACCACCACCACCCCCACAACCACCAUGCAGUCUUGUUAAGAAGAUGGGUCUGUGUUUCUUCCAUUGAAUUGAAUUUUCAGUAUUUUUCCUUGUAUGAUCACAGGGGCUAGCUUACUGGGGUUGGAUGUGGGGGGCUUGUUUCUCAAAGGAAAUUCAAUUAAUUACUUAGUGAAAUAUAAACGCAGUUAGUUUACUUACUAAAUGGAAAUUUGCAAGCAACCCAUCUACCAAAACUAUGUGGAAGCGAUGGGCCAUUUUGUUUUUAGUGAGCAGAAUGGUGAAGGAGACAGGUUAUGUGAAUUAAAAUCUUGUAUGUAUGUGAGUUGGAGGUCAACGCGUAUGUACUUUGUUGCCGUGGGUUGACUUGUCAGGCAAAUCUUUGGUGGUAUUAGGCUGCAAUGUAUUGUACUGCACCAGGAUGGGCCCCCACUGCCCUUCAAUUUUGGAUUUUGUUGGGUUUAAUUUGAUGCAUGUCACGGCCCAUUCACCUGUCAAUUUGAAUGGAACAACCCAUCCAAACCACUGGUUAGAGAAAGGAAAUCUUGUUGGGAGACAAAGUCGUUUGUCCUAGAACCAUACGUAGCUGUUGCUGACUCCGGAAGAAGCCAAGUUAUGGUGGGUUACUCCUAAUUGAGUCACCACUAACCUUGAAGUCUAGGUGGUGGGGAGUUGACAUUCCUCCCAAGAGGCACAAUUAAGCAAGUUCUAGGGCUCCUAGUCCUAGU